GAGCAAGAAAAUCUCCAGUCUGAUUGGACGCACGUUUGAAGGCUGUCUUCCCGUGCAGCGAUAUCGUUCCUGGAGUUACUGUACUGCGUUUUCUUCGUCGACAGCGUUACUAAAAUGCAAGCAAAAAUGGCACUGAAGGCUGUUUGCGUCCUUAAAGGUACUGGGGAAGUUACCGGGAAUGUGUUCUUCGAGCAAGGGGCUGACGUGGAUCCGGUCAAGUUGACGGGAAAGAUCUCCGGUCUCACCCCGGGAGAGCACGGCUUCCACGUCCACGUGUUCGGGGACAACACGAACGGGUGCAUCAGUGCCGGCCCCCACUUCAACCCGCACGGCAAGACCCACGGUGGGCCCACAGAUGAGAUCAGGCAUGUGGGAGACCUGGGGAACGUGACCGCGGACGCCGACGGCGUGGCCAACAUCACCAUCGUGGACAAGAUGUUGACGCUGACCGGCCCCCUGUCCAUCAUCGGGAGGACCAUGGUGAUCCACGAGAAGGUCGACGACCUGGGCAAAGGUGGCAAUGACGAGAGCCUGAAAACCGGCAACGCUGGCAGCCGAUUGGCCUGCGGGGUGAUUGGCAUCACUCAGUAGCCCCCCCCCCCCCCCCCCCCACCACCCCCGUGUAACUGGAACCACUGUAGUGUAGGUGACCAGUAAUGUCCCACGAGCAUCGGGAAGCUCUCAAAGAUAGUUUUAUUUUUGCAAAUAUUACUAUGGAGAAACCAGUGUGUGUAAAGCUUAGCUCCUGCGUCCCAUUUUGAACCAAAAAAAAGAAAAAAAAAAAAAGAAGAAAGACGUUUCCAGAGUGUUGGCCUGUAAUGUGUGUGUAUAUAUCGGUCUGCUGUCUUUGUCACUGCGCACAGUAAAGGGUGUUCGGGGAGUUGGAUUCUGUUCACGUGGUCUCUUCACCAAAUAAAACAGUCGCUGGAAA